AGGGGGAGGGAGCGACCGAAUGAAAACAAACAUGGCGGAGAGGAGCAAGACUGCAGAUACUGGUAGUGCCUUAGGAAUAGAUGAAAUUAUAACAGGAAAUUUAAGCAAAUACCCUGCAGUUCCACCAGGUUAUUAUGGACAGCCAAAAAAGGGACACCUUUUAUUUGAUGCCUGCUUUGAAAGUGGCAACCUUGGACGUGUGGACCACAUUACUGAAUUUGAGUAUGACCUGUUCAUCAGGCCAGACACGUGUAAUCCUCGUUUUCGAGUCUGGUUUAACUUCACAGUUGAAAAUGUGAAAGAAUCUCAAAGGGUCAUUUUCAACAUCGUCAAUUUCAGUAAAACAAAAAGCCUCUAUCGGGACGGAAUGGCUCCAAUGGUAAAAUCCACAAGCAGACCUAAAUGGCAAAGGCUGCCACCCAAAAAUGUGUAUUACUACCGCUGUCCUGAUCACAGGAAGAACUACGUGAUGUCAUUUGCUUUUUGCUUUGAUCGGGAGGAGGAUGUGUACCAGUUUGCUUACUGCUACCCAUAUACGUACACCCGGAUUCAGCACUACCUUGAUAAUUUACAGAAGCGGAACAUGGACUACUUCUGCAGAGAGAUUCUGGGAUUUAGUGUGCAACAGCGGCAACUUGACCUCCUGACUAUAACCAACCCUGAAGAUAAAACAGACCUUGAAAACAGCGUGAUGCAAAAGAAAAUUAAAAUCCCCAAACUCUCACUCAAUCACCUAGAAGAAACAGCGGAAAUUGCAGAUUAUGGAGAUGAAGAUGUAGAACUUAGACACUGUAAGAGAAAAGAUGGAAGGAAGCAAAAUGAAGGCACACACAAAAGCAUUGAAGCAGUUGUUGCACGCCUUGAAAAGCAGAAUGGAAUGAGUCUCAGUAGUAAUUCCAGUCCUGAGACAACAUUUAUGGAGUCUUCAGAAAGGAUGAACAAUAUGGACGAUGCUGUAGUUCCUCGGGUUCUUUAUGAGGAACUGCUAAGAAGCUACCAGCAGCAGCAGGAAGAAAUGAGACACAUUCAACAAGAACUUGAAAGAACAAGGAGGCAGCUUGUUCAGCAAGCAAAAAAGCUAAAGGAGUAUGGGACAUUAGUGUCAGAAAUGAAGGAGCUCAGAGACUUAAAUAGACGGCUGCAGGAUGUACUGCUUCUAAGAUUAGGCAGUGGUCCCGCGAUGGAACUUGAAAAAGUUAACUCAGAAUCCAUUGAUCCUGAGCCUGAAGUACAGAAAACAUUCAGUGAAGAAGCAAACACUUCAACAUACUAUCCUGCGGCUGUUCCAGUAAUGGACAAAUAUAUCCUUGAGAAUGGAAAGGUUCAUCUUGGCAGUGGCAUCUGGGUAGAUGGGGAGAAAUGGCACCAGCUGCAAGUAACGCAAGGAGAUUCAAAGUAUACAAAAAACUUAGCGGUUAUGAUCUGGGGAACAGAUGUUCUCAAGAAUAGAAGCGUCACAGGAGUUGCAACAAAAAAAAAGAAAGAUGCUAUUCCUAAACCACCUCUGUCACCUCACAAAUUAAGCAUUGUCAGAGAAUGUUUGUACGACCGGAUAGCACAAGAAACUGUGGAUGAAACUGAAAUUGCACAGAGACUCUCCAAAGUCAACAAAUACAUUUGUGAAAAAAUCAUGGAUAUCAAUAAAUCAUGUAAAAAUGAAGAAAAAAGAGAAGCAAAAUAUAAUUUGCAAUAAAUUUUGAAUUUUUAAUAAAGUGUUAGUGUUUUGCUCU